GCAUACUUUAAUUAUAUAUUUUAAUAACACGUUAAACUCUUUUGUGAUACGGUACCGGUCUGCACGAGGUUGAAAAAUACGUGUAGUCUAAAGACAAAUAAAACAAAUGGCCGCCACAUCCAGGGGCGCGGCUGAAGAUGACGACAGCCUAAGAGCGGUGAUAACAGAGCACUUUGUGAAUUGCCCUAUUUGUUUUAAGGAAUAUGACGAGCCGACAUCGUUGCCAUGUCUUCACUCUUACUGCAAGGGCUGUCUGAAGACGCACGUUGGUGAUUUGACCCCAGGGAGAACGUUCUCAUGUCCAGUAUGCCAACGGGAGACGCGGGUCCCAACAGAAGGACUUGAGGGAUUCUCUCAUAAUUUUUAUAUUGAAAGCCUACAGGACACCUUGCUGCAGCCCCCAAGGAAGAGAACUUGUGGUGCGUGUGCCUUAGCUACAGAGGCUGUCGUGGAUGCGACGUCCAAAUGCAUCAGUUGCCAUGAGUAUCUGUGUGAGCAAUGUGCCCCGUACCAUUGCAGGACCAAGUUCACGAAAGAUCAUAAAAUUUUCACGCUUGAACAGUUGCGAAGUAAAGAAUACAAGGCAGAGAUCCAAGAACUGCAGAUUUUCUUAUGUCCAGACCACAAAGAUGAAGCCAUUAAGUACUUCUGCAAAAAGUGUCAACGACCAAUCUGCCGUGACUGCAAGAUUUUGAUUCAUGACGAUCACAAGUGCAUUUCUCUUGAUGCAGCUGCUGAAACGGUGACACAAACCCUGCAAACUAAACUUGACCAUCUCGAAAAGAAGUUCAUAGAGGAAGAUGAGUUGUUGUUGGCUCUCGAGAAGAACACCAUUGAUGUCGAGGCAAAUAUUAAACAACGGACAGUACAUCUUCACAGUUUGGUUGACCAGCAAGAAAAAGUUCUCAUGGAAAAGGUACAUGCACAGAAAAAGUCCUUAGAUAUUAGCCUAGAACACCACAAAACAAGUAAAGGUACCGUAGACUUGGUGAAAGGUGUUCUUGGCCAUGCUUCGCCAGGGGAGCUUCUAAUGAUGCAACAGCAACUGCGUGACCAGAUGGACAACCUUCAGGCCAGUUCCAGCUCCAAAAAGAUCCCACCACUGCUCUCUUUACAGCUACAGGAAGGGGUCAAGGAAGACCUAUCCAGCGGAAAGUGGUUUGGCAAAAUUGUGGAGGUCCAAAAUUUGGAAUUGAGAACCACAGAAGAAAAGAAAAUUGACAACUUGUCUAUGUUAGCAUCUCAGAAUGUGGUACAAGGUUCUCACGAAAUGAAGCAAAUGUUGGAAAAACCAAGCUGUGGUAAAGAAAAGGAAGUUAGGACCCAGAAAAUGAGACCUCCUGCAAAGUGUAUUCAGGAGUUCCACACCAAGUGCAAGUACCCUGGUGCCAUUGUGGUUACAGGAGACAGAAAGUAUGCCAUUGCAGACUUUGAUUACCAUUCAUGGUUUGUGUUUACCUUCAAACAGGAGAAUUUGAAGAAGAAAUCAUUGAAGCAGAAAAAGACAGUGAGCUUGAGACAGUACAAGGUCUCUGUCACCUCCCCAGUGGUAGAACUGUCAUAUCAGAUUACUGGAAUGACAGUAUAUUUGUUAUGUCAAAGCUUUGGAACCCUGUGACAGUUAAAUAUGUGGAUGGACCAUGCGGCAUUGCUGUCAAUAGUAAGAAUCAUAUUGCUGUUGCACAGUUUCACAAAAAAUGUAUCACUGUGUUCAGAAUUGACCCAGAUGGGAAAAUGACUAAAACUGGUGUUAUAAAUCCUGAAGAUUUCCCGGGUCCAUCAUGCAUAGCAUACACAAAUAAAGAUUUACUUGUUGUAGGGCAUGUCAGACAUGGCAGGGUUGACAUCUUGAAUCCGUCAGAUGACAACUUAGAAAUUUGUCAUUAUAAAGGUCCAGAUAACAACCUGAAUUUGCCUCAGAGCAUUUGUGUGGAUAAAUAUGACAACAUAUACAUAGCAGAUAGGGUAACAAUAGGUGCACGUAUCCACAUUAUAUCUCCAGAGGCGAAGCUUAUUCAGUACUUUGAAACUAAAGCACUUAGUGUUAGUUUCAGGUCACCAUGGGGGUUGGCAAUCAACCAAAAUGGGGACUUGGUUGUGGGGUUUUAUGGAGGGAAAGUGAAGGUUUUCAGCAGUAGAAAUUUAACAUAGUGAGUUGAGUUUAUGAAAUACAAUAUUGAAAACUGUACAGCAAAAAAGAAGAAACAAUACGUACAGCCAAAAUGGGUAAAUGCAUUUUUGCGAUAUGUCUGCAUUCAAUACUUGUUACAUUUGCAAAACUUUUUCUGAAGUAUAUAAAGUAUAUAAGGUUUUUAAAGGACAAUUUUUUAAAAAAUCUGUAUUUUUUUAAUUUAUAGGAUAAUCACAUCAAAUUGCCAGAGGUGAUACAUGUACCAUGUCAUAACAACCUAUGGAGUUUCAUCCAAAGGAUUUUUUUU